AUGAAGCUUUCUCUGCAUUUGUUAUUUGUCGCGUGCUAUGUCGUUGUUUUUGCCGCAUCGUUACCCGUUCCGACGAGACAUUCGGGAGUUAAGGCAUCCCUCAAAUCAUUCGGGCGCCCUUAUCGAACCCAUCAAAUGUAUACAUCGAUGAUGAAGAUCAAACCAAACGGUACCAAGCUGUCGAAAAUCGGAAAGUUCCGAAGUCAUUCUGCCUCCAACAACCACAAGAAAAAAACUCAUGUUAUCAAGGCGAGUGGAAAGGGCCCCAAACGCAGCAGAGCUACCAAACCUGCGAAAGGCUCCGCGAAAGGCGCGAAAGCAUCUAAAGGUGCCAAAACCACCAAAGCUUCCAAAACCGCCAAAGGUACAAAAAACGUAAAAGCUUCUAAAGGUGUCAAACCCGGCAAAGCUCCUAAAACCGCCAAAAAUUCAAAAAACGUAAAAGCUUUCAAAAUCGGCAAAGCUUCCAAAACUAAGAAAGGUUCCAAAAGUGCUAAAUCAGCCAACAGCGCGAAAAAAGUUCUGGCCACUAAAAUCAAACAUUGGAAUUCGCGCAAGGACAGCAUUUUCCAAUCAAUCCACUUCAAAGGCCCAUAUAAAUCCCUCGGUCGCAAACCCGUUCCUAAGGUGAUCACCCCUAAGAUCGCUGCAAUGCGACGAAGACUCGCCAUACGACACUUCGCAAGGCUGGCCAAACGAGGCCCAUUGGACUCACCACUAGCCACUCUCUUCGGAACAGCAUCAUCGACCGCCGGCUCGCUUCCGGUAGUCGGUAUUCCACUGACGAGCCUUUUAUCGAGCCUGCCGACGAACUCGUUGGCCUCUCCUGGUGCGGUAACCGGCCUCCUAAGCACACUGACGAGUGUGGGGCAGAACGCGCCGUUUGCGGAACUGCUCAAAAUGUCUCCGAUCAGCUCCAUCCUCAGGGGCAACCCACUGGACAACGUCAAGAGCUCCCUCUCUGGCCUCUUCAUCGGCAUCCCCGUCCUCGGUGGCCCGCUGACAGGACUCUUUGGCGCCGUAACUGGUGCCGCUAGUUCCCUGUCUAUAUGA